AUGGAUCACGGGUCGUUGUGCCUGCUUCCCUUAGGCGUCAAGUCCUCUCUCGCUUACACGACUCCCACAGGGGAAGUGCCCAUUCGCCCAUUCGAAGAUGUGUCUGCUGACCUGUUCACACACGCCGAUAAGGAUUACCUCAUUUACGCCGACCGCUUGUCAGGGUGGUCAUGUAUUGCAGAGUAUGGUCGAGAAGCAUCGUCACGCACCACGACGAAACUGCUGUGCCGCAUUUUUCGGGUUGUGGGUGUACCAGUCCGCCUACGCUCAAAUGGAGGACCUCAAUUCACCAGCUCAACGUUCCGAUCUUUUAUACAGCGCUGGGGUAUUAACCAUGUUAUGUCUUCCCCAGGAUACCCUCAGUCCAAUGAACAUGCCGAUGCCUUCGUCAAGAAGGUGAAGUAUCUCAUUGCUAAAGUGUGUGCAACUGACGCCAUCGAUGAGGAGGCUUUUGACAGGGGCUUACUUGAGCUCCGGAAAACUCCCCGUCCUGAUAGCCGUUCCUCAGCUCAGGUGCUGGACGGUCACCCUCUCAGGUCUGCCGUGCCCGCACACAGGCGUGCCUUUGCGCCCGAGUGGCAAGUUGCUGGUGAUGAAUAUGAUGCCAGAUGGGCCGCAACGAGGAGAGAGUCGGAGAAGUAUUACAACAAAAACGCCCGAUCCUUGCCACCACUACACAUCGGCGACUAUGUGCGGCUACAGGACCGCGCCACCAAACGUUGGAACAAGAUUGGUGUUGUGGUCGGUGUUGGGGGGCACCGGCACUACCAUGUGAAGCUCCCUACCCGGAUCGUCUUGUCUCGUAACAAGCCUGGGGAGGGAGAUGUGACGGUGAACUCCGAACCCGUGAAAGCUGAUGUGGGAACCUCGGCUAACACACCUGGACAGACACACGCCAGCUCCAGCACCCAGUCCCAUCUCCAGUCUCCAGCUGCUGUAUCCUACAACCCUGCAAUGUCCCAGGCAUCGCCUGGUGCAGGACAUUUACAGCUUGCUAAUAGUCAGUUCAUUAGUCUAGGUAGCGCCCACCGCGAACUCAUGUACCGCCAGAAGGACGCCUUCCAACCAAAAACUCAUGUAUCCAUAGAACAAGUGGUGGACUCACACUAA